UGAUUCGAGAAAAAAAAAAAAAAAAGAAUGAAUGAAGGUUCCGAGUAAAAAAACUCUCUUCUCGUCCGCCUCUCGUCUUCUCCACACGGAGAGACAAACAGACAGACAAAACUUAACAACUCUCUUCAACAGAUACGUCGACAAGACCGAUGUCUUCUCAUGGAACUCCGUCAUCGCCGACCUCGCCCGCAGCAACGACUCUUCCGAAGCUCUUCGCGCCUUUUCCUCAAUGCGAAAACUCUCCCUCCACCCUAACCGCUCUACUUUCCCCUGCGCCAUCAAAGCAUGCUCCUCUCUCCUCGACCUCUUCUCCGGCAAGCAGACCCACCAGCAAGCCUUCGUCUUCGGCUACCACUCCGACGUCUUCGUCUCUUCCGCUCUGAUCGUCAUGUACUCGGCGUGCGGCCAAGUCGAAGACGCACGCAAGGUGUUCGACGAAAUGCCUGAGAGAAAUAUCGUUUGCUGGACGUCGAUGAUUCGCGGGUAUGACCUUAACGGUAACGCCUUUGACGCCGUUUCUCUAUUCAAGGAGUUGUUACUCGAUGGUAGAGAUCACGAAGACGUGGAUUCUAAGGGUGUGGUUUCUGUCAUCUCUGCUUGUUCUCGUGUGGCGGCUAAGGGAUUAACGGAGUCAAUCCACGGAUUUGUGGUAAAGAGAGGGUUUGAGAGAGGAGUGAGCGUUGGCAACACUCUCUUGGAUGCUUAUGCUAAAGGCCGAGAAGGAGGCGUAGCUGUGGCGAGAAAGAUCUUUGAUGAGAUUGUGGGUAAAGACUCUGUUUCGUAUAAUUCGAUUAUGAGUGUGUAUGCUCAGAACGGGAUGUCUAGUGAGGCGUUUGAUGUGUUCCGGAUACUGAUGAAUGAUAAAGGUGUGACCUUUAACUCCAUUACGUUGUCUACUGUGCUCUUAGCUGUUUCGCAUUCGGGUGCUUUGCGUGUAGGGAAGUGCGUGCAUGAUCAGGUAGUUAGGAUGGGUCUCGAGGAUGAUGUGGUAGUCGGGACUUCGAUAAUCGAUAUGUACUGCAAAUGCGGAAGAGUUGAGGCGGCGAGGAAGGUGUUUGAUCGGAUGAGGAAGAAGAAUGUGAGGACGUGGACGGCUAUGAUUGCUGGAUACGGGAUGCACGGCCACGCGGUUAAGGCGUUAGAGCUGUUCCCUGUUAUGAUAAGUUCGGGAGUUCGACCGAACUACAUUACGUUUGUCUCUGUAUUAGCUGCUUGUAGUCACGCGGGUCUUCACGUUGAAGGCUGGCGUUGGUUUAACUCGAUGAAGGGGAGGUUUGGGGUGGAGCCGGGGUUGGAACACUACGGGUGUAUGGUUGAUCUUUUAGGUCGGGCGGGGUAUCUUCAGAAGGCUUAUGAUUUGGUGCAAACGAUGAAGAUGAAGCCGGACUCUGUCAUCUGGAGCUCGCUUCUCGCGGCGUGUAGGAUUCACAAGAACGUGGAGCUUGCUGAGAUAUCAGUGGCGCGUUUGUUUGAAUUGGAUAGUUCGAACUGUGGUUACUACAUGUUGCUUUCGCAUAUCUACGCCGAUGCGGGGCGUUGGAAAGACGUUGAGAGGGUGAGGACGGUGAUGAGGAAGCGUGGAUUGGUGAAACCGCCGGGGUUUAGUUUACUUGAGUUGAACGGUGAGGUUCAUGUGUUCUUGAUUGGAGACGAGGAGCAUCCUAAGCGCGAGGAGAUUUACGAGUUUUUAGAGGAGUUGAACGUGAAGCUGUUGGAAGCGGGUUACGUGUCGAACACGGCGUCGGUGUGUCAUGAUGUUGAUGAGGAAGAGAAGGAGAUGACGCUGAGGGUUCACAGCGAGAAGCUAGCCGUUGCGUUUGGGAUCAUGAGCACGGUUCCUGGCGCGACGGUGAGUGUGGUUAAGAAUCUGAGGGUUUGUAGUGAUUGUCAUGAUGUGAUCAAGUUGAUUUCGAAGAUUGUUGAUAGAGAGUUUGUGGUUAGGGAUGCCAAGAGGUUUCACCAUUUCAAAAAUGGGGUGUGUUCUUGUGGAGAUUACUGGUGAUUUAAAAUCAGAAACUUGGUUUUAUUUUUAUUUUCUUAUAUCUUUUGUGAUUUUAUA